AUGUCUCCGAUCCGCGACACACUCAUCAAAACAGCCAACAGCUACAUAGAAGGCUUCAACACCAACACGGCCGAGGGAGUCAUAGCCUCCCGCACGGCAGACUGCAGACAAGUCAUCCGCCCGUGCAGCGUCCCCCCGCCAUGGAACGACCCACCCCGGACCAACGAGGAGUACCAGGCCUUCAUCCUACCCGGGUUCAACAUCAUGCGGAACAUUCGGAUCGGCCUCGCCGAGGGGGAGGACAUGCUCGUCGACGAGGUGUCGCGCAAGGUCCUGCUGCACCUCACGUCCACCGGCGAGUCGGACUUUGGGCCCUACGCCAACGAGUACAUGAUCGUGCUCAAGAUGACCGGCGAUGGGACGCUGAUCAAGGAGAUCGUGGAGUUUAUUGACAGUGCCACCGUACGGGACCUCGCCGCGAGCCUCGCCGAGCAUGUCAAACCGGAGUAA